GUAGCUCGCGCAUGCGCAAACUGUCUGGGAGACUCAACGGCGACCAGCUAGCUUCUCGUACGGUUUAGUCAGUUUAGAUCUGUGCUUUAGCAGUCUGUUGUAAACACUAACAUUUUAACCGUGAGUCGUUUCCAUAGAGGGGAAUCUAAGUGACCGAGGUGUAAAAGAAUAUGCCCAAAAAUAAAGGUAAGACGCGGAAGAAGACGUUCACAGAUGUCUCAUUGAUGUCGAGCCCGCCGUGAAAACGUGACACCGGCCAGCUAAAGCUAGUAGGCUAGUUAGCCGCAUGAAUCCGUCAUUAAAGAGCCGUCUGUUGUGUUUGUGAUCAUGUACAGGGCUUGACAUGGAUGUAACGGAGUGAAUUAUCAACAGCGAAAAGGCCGGAGAAAGUUGCUCAACAGCUUGUAAAUGCUAACCGGCCAGCUGGCGUACUUAGUGUAAUUCCGUGACUACUGUAGGUGUUAUGGCAAGUUUUGUUUCUUUGUCGAAAAAUACAAUGUUAGCGCGAAUCGAUAUCAGGCUCUCAGUUCUUCAUAUUUGUCUUUCUUUUAAAUUGAAAACAAGCGAAACUGGACUUAAGGAGUAAUUCGAGUAUGUAUUGGUACUCCAAGUUAACUUUAAUUGUCGAAGUCGGGGGAAGGGCCCCAUAAUGAACCAUGAGUCUUUUCCGAGUAAAGCUCGCAGUUCAGAAUCGCUUUAAAUUACACCAAUUAUCACCCUUUCUGUAUAAGAAGAGUUGUAGGAGUAUGUGUUUAUUUCCUAUUUCGGAAUCGUGUUUAUAAAGUGCCAUGAAAGGUGUAUUUUUAAGGGUACUGUUCUCUCGCAGGGCCCCUGUGGUGACAAGCGCUUCAAAUGUUACUACGCGCAUGCGCGAAGCUGCUAUCUAGAAAGGGAGCACUCUUCGUCGGAACACCGGCGCAGCUACAAAGCUAGCUGCUAGUUAAACCCCACCCCGGUCUGGCCCGUGACACCUGGGACUUUAUUUUAGUGAAUAUAUUACCGCAGGAAUUUCUAACAGCUUAUUAAAGCGAUGUGAAAAUCGCAUCUGAGUUUAUCUUGAGUGUACAGUCUCCCCGGUGCCUUUAGACUUGGUGAACUUUCAAAGUAACGCCAUCCUGUCUGGAAGCUAACGUUACAGCUGUGACUUUUCCUUAUCUCUGAUGAGGCUGACAUUAAAUAUUAGAUUAAAACAGUUCACAGUUUGUUUUUGCAUAUUUACAACAGCUUGAAAUUAAAUAACUAUGAAAUGCUUUGUAUCUGUGAUUGAUAUCUUCUAAUUUCAGACAGCUGUUUCUUAAAUGUACAACGUAUUUUCCGUAUUUACCCACAAAUAAGCACUUUAAUUUAAUGAAAUAGUCAGAAAUAAGCGUAAUGAGGUGAAACAACCACAACAAGAUGAAUGGUUAUCAUAAGGUUGGUGCUAAGGGCUUUUUCUCUCCUGAAGUCAACAAUAUUACACUGCCUAUAAAGUCUGUUUUUGAGGGUCAACCUUCUGUACUAUUGUACAAGUCACCUCAAAUUGUAUAUUCUCAUAAUUUAAACAUUUCUCUAUCAUUGAUAAUUAAUAUCAGCCUGACAUUGCAAAACCCAUCAGCCCACUCAUGUUUAUUUUUCUGGUAAAAACAUAAGAAUGAGAAAAACUUUAUGAAUCCCCAAAGGGAAAUUCAAUAUAGUUAUUUUAUAUAGAUAUAAUAUAUUAUCGUUAUUAUAUAUCGUCUUAGUUUGAAGAGAUUUUGUAGGUUAUUUGUCAUCUGCUUUGUGGACAUCUGAUGCAGCAUGUCAAAGAGAUGUAUGUCAUCUUUGAUAAAGUAACACCAUGAAAAUGUUUGAGAGGGAUUUAUUUGCUUUCAGCGCUCACAUCCUUUCAUAUACCUGUAUCCUGCAAGUGUUAAAUCCCCAUGAAACCGUGGGAUCCUUAUAACUCGAGUUUUUGGUCGCAUAUUGUGGACUUUAGUUGAACUAGUGGAUCUCAAAGUCCAAACCUACCAAAAUAUUGUCACAAAAAAAAAGUUUUUCCUGAGUAAAAUCUCUUUUUAAUGAGGUGUUAAAGUGCUCAAGAGUUUAGGGCUGAAACGAUUACUCGAGUAACUCGAGUAACUCGAUUAAUAAAAUUCCUCGAGGCAAAUUAUAUGCCUCGAGGAAUCGUUUAAAUCCGGAACCAUGUGCAGCGCAUGUGUUUGACACGGACGGUUAUUUCUGUUGCGCAGCAGCGUGCUCUUUCCGCUCCUUCUGCUGCUGCGCGUUUCAUAGACAUAAUAAAAGGGUAGACCCCGCUGGGGGUGCUGCGCAGCGAGAAAUGCGGUCGCCAUCUUGGUCAGGUCAAGCUUCCCAUACGCUCCGGUCAAUCAUAUUCAUUCAUUCAGCGAUGCCGGAGCACUGUGCGGCGUAUUCCUGUGCCAACAGGCGGACAGCAGAGAACAGGGCUCAAGAAAUAACUUUUCACAGUUAUGAUUAAACGUUUUUUAAACAUUACACUUGACUGUAGAGUCAUUUGUAGGCCAAAGAGGAAGACUAUCGGUCAACUCCAAAAAGGAAACAGCAUUUGCGAACAGCUAGCUUAUUCACAAUAAUAGCAACUUUGGUCGAUUAUCAACAGAUUUGCAUUAGAUUGAAAAACUUUUGUUUGAGAGAGGUUCUAAGAAACGUUAAGAAAUAAAAUAGAAAGAAAAAGGAAGAAAGUGAGCUCUGUUUUAUUAUCUGUUUUAUUAAAGAUUUCUUUGUGGUGAUCUCCUGUUUCAUUUUGAAGAUUUCCUAAGGACAAAAACUUGAGGAAGAAGUGGGAGAUUGCUGUUAGAGGGAGAAAUUCGCAGCAAGUGAUUCCUCUGUGCUGUGUAGCCAACAAGCAAAUUGAUAUGUAGUUUAGAUGCUGUCCUGUCAUGCUGUUCUUGUGUUUAAAUCUUUUUGAUAUGUAGGCUAUAUAUUUGUGUGUAUUUUCCAGUUAUUAAAAUAGUGCUUCUAUAUGACAUUAUUUGUGUGUGUCUACAAAUGGAUAAAUAAAAUUAAACUAUAUAAAAAAUUAUAAUCAAAUCAAUAUAUAUUGAAUUGGCCUAUUAAUACCGCCAGUUAUUAAUAAUUAUUGAGACAUAGCAGGAACCUAGCUCUAAACCUAAAUAUAUCCUUGAUUAAUUGUUAUACUAUAAUACAGCCACUGCUGCCAUGUUCUAAAAUAUCAUUUUAUUCAUUCUGAGUAUUUGAAAACGCCAAAAAAAAAUAUGGCCUCUAUCAUGCCUCUUUGAAUGGCGUUUGCAGAGAAGAAAAUUACGUAGUAUUGAGGGAACUAUGAUUCAUUAAUGCGCUCAGACGUCAUUCCGCCGGUUAAACAGCGGUGCAGAGUGAGGCGGAUGACCGGACCAAGAUGGCGGCCGCAUUUCUCGACAGCGCCCAUUCGUGGUAGCGGCCGAUGCGGGGUCUAUCUUUUAUUAUGUCUAUGGCGCGUUUGGUUCAAUCAUGGAGGGAAACGAGGACAGACAGAGAGAGGAAGAAAGAGAUGACACGCAGAGGAAACGGCAGAAAGUGUCUAAAGUGUGGGACCAUUACACACUGAAAAGGAAAGAAAACGCCGUGCAGUGCGUUCACUGUAAGGCGGAGUUGGCGUUUCACAACAGCACGUCGUCAAUGCUGCAGCACCUUAAAAGAAAACACCCGGUCCAUGCAUUAAGUCCGCUCUGAGGCAAACGUGAUUCAAUGCAAAGUAUUACAGUGAGAGCAAAACAUUUCUUAUCCGAUUACUCGAUUAAUCGACAGAUUAAUCGAUAGAGUACUCGAUUACUAAAAUAAUCGAUAGCUGCAGCCCUACAAGAGUUUAAGACUCCUACAUCUUAUUACCUCAAAACAGGCUGAUUAAUGGCUGUAAACAACUUCCUUUAACUCACAACUAGUGAUAUUAGAGCUUAUAAAAUAUGACACUGAGUCAUGAAAUCAACAGCUACUUCCUACAUUGAUGAAGCAUUACUCAUUAAUUGUGCAGGUGCAGUGAUCUCAGUGUUAGUACACCUUACCCUGAAACCGUCUCAACGACUGAAACCUUAAAUAGUUAGGCGAUUAUAAACUCUGUCCUGUAUCAGAAAUGAGCUCACAACUAGUCUGUGUUUGAUCUGGCGUGUGGCUGGUGUAUCCCAGUGCCAAAACUGACUUGAUAAGAGGUAGAACGAGAACGAGAAGCAUUACCUAAUAUCCUCUCUCUGUACAGGUAAGGGAGGAAAGAAUCGGCGACGUGGUAAGAACGAGAAUGAGUCUGAGAAGAGAGAACUGGUGUUCAAAGAGGACGGACAGGGUGAGUACAUGAUCUGGUGCAGUUCUCUGGGGUCAGAGGGGUCAGCUGGGAACACACAGCCAACCAAAGACCUCCACUCUGUUUCUGUACUCAAAGUUUCUAUGUUUUGCCAAGAACAAAAACUCAAAGAAAAUGAACUGUAAGUCAAAAUGUGAUUACAUAAACUGUGUAAAGAGAUAGUCAGUGAAAUAAAUAUCCCCUCUGAAGGAAUGCAGCAUGAGCAGGUUGGUUCUGAGUGCCUUACUGGGUCGGUGGUAUCAUCCUACAGUGGGCAGUGUUCACAGUUUGAGUUGCAGGACUCAGUGCUGCCAGAAUCCCUGUUGGCUAUAAACUGAGCCUGAUGUGUGGAGGAGGCUUUGAUGCUUUCAGGAGCACCUUCAGGUGGUGAUGGCAGAGUGAGCUUCAGGGACACAGUGAGGUCUUUUAACUUCUGUUUUUAGUCCUCACAGUCACAGGCUAACAGUAGCCAAAGUUGCUCUAGUAUAUUUAGUUCAUAGAAUAAAGCUUCUCACUGAAGUCAUGUGAAUGGAAAUUUAAGAAUAUAUGAACACAGUUUCUACUUGUUUUAUUUAUAAGCUCCCCUUUUCUGUCUUCACUUCAUGAAACUGAAAGCAGAACCUUCUUUAUGUAAAUGCUGAAGCCUCAAAUGUUUCUGUAUCCAAGACUUUUUUUUGCCUUUAUUCAUAACUAUUCAAUCACAUUUUAUAUUACAUUAUAUGCAUUUGUUUUCCUGUUUACCUUUAAGUUCUUUAUUUACUCAAAAUGCCUCUGUAACUGUAUUAUAGCUUUACAGGUUUUAGGAGCAGGAACACCACUUAAAUCUGUUUUGCCUCAUUUAGACCCUAAAAUAACCCAUCCUCUGCUUUCUCGUACCCCUCAGAGUAUGCUCAGGUGAUUAAAAUGCUGGGUAACGGACGUCUGGAGGCCAUGUGCUUCGAUGGAACCAAGCGGCUCUGCCACAUCAGAGGAAAGCUCCGGAAAAAGGUAGGAAUGUCCCGACCAUCCUCUCACACCUUUGCUCUCUCCAGCGCACAGAGACCCUCUCUCUCUCCUGAUGUAGUGCUGCAUCAGCAUGUUCUCUGUGGUCAGUCAACCACUGUUCAUGUGGCAGAAUGGACUCAAUUGAGUGUAAUUGUGAGGGUUAGAAAUGCUGCAUUCACACAUGUACUGAAGUCCUUGAAAUUUCCCCUAAAAACCUCCUCAACAGUUGGAUUUUUUCUGCUGGUUUCCUGAAUAAAUCUACCACAUGAAGUCAGAGUGAGCCGAUGUUUGAAUGCAGUGAAUAAUUUUUCAGGAAAUUUCACAGCAAGUGACUGGGCAGGGUGAUUAUUACUCUUAAUACAUGACAAGUUUUGGGACUACUUUUUCUCUCCAGUUAGUUUUUUUGCUCUUAUUUGCCGAUACUGUGGUUUUAUCUACUUAAGUCUAAGAUUCACAGUGUUUCCCACACAUAGACGAUACCUGGGCAAGCCGGUCAAGUAUAUUCUCAGCUGCUCAGGUAUCAGUGUAGUACAAGUAUACACUGAAAGUGAGCUAUUUCAAAGUUGAGUUCACGCAGUUGAAAAUGAAAGAGAUCACAUUUACAGUUCUUUUUUUUUUUUAAUCAUGUAUUAAGUUCACAGUCUAAAAAAAAUCAUUGAAUUCACGUUCAUUUAGUUUCAGCUGCACAUUACUCAUCAGCAGCCCCACUGGAAAAUUUCAGGGGCAGGUUGUCCUGAACUCUAAAGAGUGCAUGUGUCAAAAAGGAAAUGAGAGUUUUCUGUGUAUGAUGAGACAAUGUCUUUAUGUUUUCUUUUAGGUCUGGAUCAACACGUCAGACAUCAUCCUGGUCGGACUGAGAGAUUACCAGGUGAGUUUGCAGCCCACACAUGACAGGAGCAGUUUGAUUUAUGACCUGCUAAGCUCAUGUGCACAAGGGUUCAUGCUUUAAGUCUUUGACUAAGCUGUUAAGAUGAGUUUUGCUGACGAAGAGGACUGUUUGUUUGCUGUCUUAGCACCAAAUCUCUGAUAUACAAACUUUGAAGGAUCUGAGCUGGUACCUGUUUAACCGAUCUUAACUUGUGUUCCAGGAUAACAAAGCUGAUGUCAUCCUCAAGUAUAACGCAGAUGAGGCUCGCAGUUUGAAAGCCUACGGAGAGCUGCCAGAGCACGGUGAGUUCAAGUGCACUCCACAUGCUUAUUCUUCAAGUAGUGGAUCAAAAACUGGACAAGAGUGUGAAAUAAGUCCAGAAUUAAUUUAUCAGCAGUACUCUGUGUGGAAUAUGACGGUGAUUGAGUGGAGACAUACUGGACAGACUCACCGUUUGAACUUUCGUUUCUGCUCCCUCUUCAUUGAUAGAUGGUCCAGGGGAUGUAGAAACAUACAUAUUGUCUCCAUUUUAAGAACAAUAGAUCAAUAUUUCCUUGUAACACACUUUUUUGUAUCCUGCAGCCAAAAUCAACGAGACAGACACCUUCGGGCCCGGAGACGAUGAUGAGAUCCAGUUCGAUGACAUUGGUGAUGAUGAUGAGGACAUUGAUGAUGUAAGAUCCUGAUAUUUUAUAUCCAGUGUCUCCUUUUUUAUUCCUAAUUUUGUCUGGUUGGUCUUUUGAUCAGUUUAUUUUGGUACCUGUUUUUGUUUUAUGAGAGACCUUGCUUGGAGUGUUAUCUAGCACUGUUGCUAAAUCUUGUAUUUAAAGUUAAAUUUGUGUCAUGAUGCACCAUUAUUGAGAAGUAAACUGAAUAUUUAUGUUAAGAUAAUUUUUUUGUUUUUUUACACGAUUUCAAGAAAUCUUUCGUUGUAACCCUGUAAAAUGACAGAUUUUGUGAAAAUACAUCACAAGUGUGGGAAAUGAGCAGAAAUUUCAAUGAUUGAAAUUGAUAAUGAAAGAACAGAGGUGGAAAUAAUUUGUGUUUUCUUUCUUUUCCAGAUCUAAAGACCUGCCACUGGAGGGGGAAGGUGGGAUUUUACAAAAGAUGCUUCGAUUGGGAUAUUUUGAGCCGACACACCGCACCAGUUAUGAUUAUUUUUAUUCAGAUCAGCCUUUGCCAAUCCAAUACAGUUAAUUACAAUACAAAAAGUUUCAUUUGAUUCCAGUUUGUUUUACAUCCGUAGGCGUCUUUGUUGUUUUGGAGAGCUUAAAGUGCAUUUUAUACCGAAGUAGAAUAAGUAACAUCAGUACUUUGAGUUUAUAUUGUAACAUGAAUGAACAUGAGAUGCUGCUUUAGAGAGACUGUCUCACUUAUCAGUUGUAGCAGCUGGAGGUCGACACUGACAGUAAGUUUCUCCUCUGGUGUGCAGUAGGAUUGGAGAAUCAGAGUAGGCUGAUCACCAGCACCGUAUUAGAGAUGAAUAUCCGCAGCAGUGCUAGAUGAUCCCUUUUUAUUUUGCUUUCAUAACAUCGACACAACAUCUUUAUUUUUUCUCUCUGUAUUCAAGAAACACUCGUUUAAUCUUAGAGGCUCAUGCCGAUAAAAUGACUGCAAAAUAUCUCACAGCAAGUGCGUCAUCUUUUUAAAAUGUAUUUAUAUUGAUUUCACUCUAUGUGGAAUUUAGUAACAAAAACAGAAUCUCUGGAUUCGCAAAUAAAAAGAUUGAACAUUUGGUUUUGUUUUGUUUCCUUUGGCAGUCUGUAUCAUUGUAGCCUGUAAGACAGUUUGAAAGCUGUUUAUCAAUGACAGAAGAUAAAAUAAUAUCACUGAGUACGGCUCUGUGUCUCUGUAGGAGUUUCACUAUGACCUUUUGCUCCACUGGCAUUGUUUUCAAUGAACUAUCUGCUUGUUUUAGAUUCAGCCAUGGCCGAAUAUGAAGGCGAUCCCGCUCCUUCAACUCAAAGAAGAAUCAAAAUGUAUUUUUCUAUUGUUUCCCUUUUUUGUGUUUUUGUCUUGUUUUGUUUCCAUGUUGUUUCGGCUGCUCGCUCUGUGGCUUCAACACAGCGUGACGCUCGGCCAGGUCCGCCACUCUUGCCUCGUGCUGGAGCCGCGGUUCCCAAACCUUCUCUUUCACAGACCUGCACACCAGUAAAACCUCAGACUAGAGCUCACCUGGUCUCUGGACCUUUAGAAAAUCUCUCAACAGCCAAAUACAGAAGUUUAUUUUCCUCCCCUUUCUCCCCCCUCCUCUCUGGAAACUCCCCCAUGUUUCCUGAGUGGGGCCUAGCACCUCAGUUUGGGAACCGCAGCUCCAGACCACAUGGGGCCCUGUUGCUGCUGUUGCUGUAACUGAUAAAUAAAAAAUGUACUAUGAUGUUUGAAGGCUGGGUUUCCAAUAAAGAUCUUAACUCCACUGACUUCUGUUGGUGGUUUUUGGGACU